AUGAGCCUUGUUAAGUUAAUCUACUUAAUCGUAACGCCACUAGGAAUUACUCUUCUUAUAUCAUGUUUACUUAAAAUAAAAUUUUUAGUAAAUUUCAGCUUUGCAUUUUGCAGAAAACAGAUUGGAGACACACCAAUAAGAAUAGUAUCUUUAAUAUUAAUUAUAAAUCUUAUGUUAUUUAUUACUGAAUCGUAUAAACUAAAAUAUGGAGUAAAAUAUGUAUAUAAUCAUAAUGAUGUAAUAUCAGGAAUAUCCCCAGAUUAUUUAAAAAUAUACAAAUGGAGACAUGAAAGAAAUUGGUGGAUUGGAUUGUCAAAUUUUUGUAUAUGGCUAAUCUUAUGGAGGUUUACUGGUAUUAUAAAUCAGUAUGUUAUCUAUUUGGAUCAGUUGAAAAAGAAGCGUUCACAAAUGUAG